AAUUUAAUAUCAACUUUAAACUAGUAUGAUAAACUCAAACAAAUGCUAAAAUAAAUAAUAAAUUUUAAAUAUUUCGUCCAUACAUCUGUUUGCAGUGUCAACAUUUGAAACAUGUACUCGGAUUUUAGAUAGUUCAUUUAGAAUAAAAACAGGGUAAGGAUAGAAAAAAACGAGAAUUACAUUUAGUUACUAUGGAUACCCGACGUCGUGGUCCCCAUCCCCCGGCACCUAUCAUCACAGUAGAAUCUGGAUAUGAAUCAGAAUCUAAACGUGAAAGGAAGGGAACGAGCCGCUUUCAUUGGGAUAUUUGGUUGUUCUUGGCACUUGACAACUGGAUUUUUGACUUUGGAAGGCCUAUUGCAGCGUUGUUUGUUCCCCUUGAGUGGUCUCCCUUGAACAAGCCAAGUAUUGGGGACUAUUUUCAUAUGGCCUACAAUGUCAUUACUCCGUUCUGCAUUCUCAAGCUGUUAGACAGAUGCCCUCGUAAACCAUCAUCCACGUUGGUAUACUUGUGUAUUAUAACAUUUGUGAUGGGAGCCAGCAUACAUUUGGUUGGUGACAGUAUAGAUCACCGUCUAGUACAUCUUGGGUACCAGCUACAUCUCUCCGUCAGAGAUAACCCUAUGAUGCAGAACUUAGACCCGCCAGGACUGGUCGACUCCUUUGAAUUGCUAUACUCAUAUGAUGAAGAAAUUGGACAUCUUAUGUGGUACAUACCAUUCUUUGCAAGCUUGGUACUGUAUUUUCUUGGGUGUUUCCAGCCUCGACAUCAAAUCGAGGCUACAAAAUCUGGCGUGUCAUGGUGGUUACUUAUGGUGUUUAGCGCAAUUUAUUACUGGUAUUUGGUUACAGAAGGACAGAUAUUUCUGGUGUACUUCAUCACCUGUGUUGUCAUGAUUGCUAUCGUUCUGGUGAAAAAAUCUAGGAGCCUCGUUUUGGAUAUAAACGGAAGAUUUUUACUCUAUACGUUCUCUUUUACCAUGAUUUUGACAAGUAUAUGGGUGGCACUAUUGUGGAACGAUCCAGUUUUAAGAACAAAAUAUCCAGGAACGAUUUAUGUACCAGAACCCUGGGCUUAUUACACACUCUAUUUAAAAUAAGGAAGAAUGUGUCAAACUUUAUUAUAUUAUGUAAAAAUGUGUAGUGAAUAUGUCAUAUG